AUGGUUGACGCCAUCGAGCUGACCAUUGACGCCGACAUGGUCCAGAACAUGCGAAGCGCAAACGAGACGGCCCAGAGGUUCUCCAGUACCGACUUCGUUGAUCUCACUUGCAAGUUUCUUCCCGCGAAGGUGGACUACUCCAUCCUAGACGGGCCAGGGGCGCAUCUCACCAACGGAAUCUUCCUCGGCGAUACGGUCGCUCGAGAAACGUUCGUCACGCAGUUCGUGCAAGACAUAUCUAGAGCGGCAAACAUUAGCUCGUCUAGGGUGCUGGUGAUGGAGAUCGCGCCAGGUCGGGUGCACCAUGACUGGGAGGCCAACAAUGUUAUUGUUCUCUUUCGUCUGGUCGACAACGUCAUUGCGGGAACUUUCGGCGAAGACGGUGCGGUCACAGUCAUGACGGAGCUUACGGUUCAGGCCCAAGAGAGUGGGUCCACUCUGUACAGCGGCUUGGUGACCGAUAGGAUUGACCCGUCGUGGGGUGUGGUGGCUGUCAGCCUGGAUGUUUCUCUCCGCCUGACUAUGGCUAUCGAGGUCAUCGGCGGGAGUGGAGUGCAGGAAGGGUACUACCUCAACCAGGGCGCUCAGGGCUGGUGCGAAGCCGGUCGUGCCGCCUCCGAUUCCACUAUCACAGGGAGCGACUACUGCCAGUGGGAAGCCUGGUUCAUCGCCGACGUCUCCGGUUGCCUCGCUCUCCAGAACCCCGACCGCGUGAGAGUCCUGUUCGUCAAGCGCGCUGCUGCUGAUGCCGUUCUUGUGCAUUUCCGAAUAGGUAAAUUAUUGUUGUACUGGCCUUCAUGUCUUACGGAGGGCGAGAGGGAAGUGCCCAAGAAGUUGUCGCGGACGAAUAGCAGUAUCUCGACACUAGGCGCUGCAGGAGAACCUUCCGACUACGCCACCGAAAUUGCGGUAGACGAGGCUGCUGCGGAGCUACUGGUUCAGAUUCGGAACGUUUCGUCGGCGCUGUUUGCGGGGAACGUUACCGUGGCCGUGGACCCGACGUGGGGGCUCUCUGGGGACGGGGGAGUGCCGCGCGAGAGUAGCCCUUACCUCCCGCACCAGGUGUACGACGAUCACCGCGACGACGACUACGAGCGCUGCAAGGAUGUUCACCGCUGCAACCGCGCCUGGAUCCACUACGACAGCAACUCGCGGUCCGUCAAGUACACGACUCAGGCGUUUCGAGGGGGGCUCCACGUGACGACUGGUCUUUUCGCCGAUUUCGAAGACUGGAGAAUGGGGACGUUCGGCUGGACGAUGCGCGGCGCUCCCGAUCCUCGAGACGGGGACUUCGACGACGGCUACGGCAGCGGCAACGGUGAGAACGAAGCUGGGAUCACGGCACCAAGGGGGGGGCAUUUCGACCCGAGGAACUUUUCCAGCCUGGGCCCUCGAGUUCCAGUGGAGUCGCGAGGAUUGCGAGACUUCUCGGGACUGGUCUUGGACGCCCAGCAGAAGGACCGCGAGCUGGCAAGGCUAGACAUCGAAGCCGCGCAGUUUACCCACAAGGAACUAGCGAGUAUCCUGGAUACGAGACACACCCUGAACAGCACGCAAUGCCUCGGCUGGCAGGUCUACCUAGGACCCGAGAUCACGGUCCGAGUCACCGGCCAGCGGGCCUUGGCGAUCCUUAGCCGCGGCAGCCUUGUCCUGAAUACCUCAAUCACGGCCGAGCCUUCCACCUUGGGUGGCUUUCCGGGAGGGGGCGGGAUAGCUCGCAACCCCGGAGGGGAGGCCGACCUCCUGCUCUCCCCCCCAUCCGUCCCCCCGGACUUCGACUUAAGCUCCUUGGCCAAUGGGACGUUGGAGAGAGUCGGUGAAAGCGGACUUCCGAGCUACAACGUUAACGGGCCGGGGUCCGCCAGCUACCGGUACUACUUGUUCACCAUCACCACUUCGGCGGACGACGUGGACGACGUGCAAAGGGAGUUGUCCAGCUCUGGUGCCUGCUGCGAGUACUCGCUCAACUCCGAUGCAAUCGCUUCGUUCCUCUUGCCAACAUUUCGACAGGUCUGCACCUCAGCUGACAAAGGUCAAACCCUUCGCGGCUGCUUCCACGUCUCCCACGGUAACUUCUCCACCGAGUGCAUCCCCCACGACGCACCGCCUUCGACCGUGCAAGAUAUAAUCGAGGCCGGCCUGAACGCGGAGCCGGUGGGAGGCCCGGGGCCGCUCCCAUUCCCCCGCUCCACUGCGGGUGAUACCGGUGCGGCAGCCGAUGGGGAACCUUCGUGGGUCCCUGGGGUCGGGCGAGUGAAUGUGUCAAGUGACGGUUACGUCGACGAUGAGGGCGGCCGUUGCUGGACCGUAACCUUUUCCUCCGCCAUUGGCGCGGUCGAUCUGAUGACGGUUUCUGCUACGGGUGACGGCGAGGCCGAAGGGAACAGGCUGACCGGUCUCGGCGCCGCUGUCUCCGUGGAGACCGUGCAGGUCGGCAACGCCAUCUCCGGAACCUUCUCGGUAAGGUUCCGAGGCGGGGGAACAGGAGAACCCACCCAUGAAACGGCCCAGCUGCCGGUGACGGCUUCCGCCGCGGCGGUCUCGGAGGCCCUCCUGGAACUCCCAGGCGUUUCCUUUGCCCGGACGACCCGCACCCUCCCCGCCGAAGCCGUCGCGGCCGGCUGCAGCGACGGAUUGUGUCGCGUCGGGCCGGCCCCCGGGGGAGGGCUAGAGUGGAUCGUGGAGCUAGGGACGCGAGUGGGGAGCGCUGAACCGUCGUCUCCUACCGUAGUUGUCGGGGCUUGGGAAGACGGAGGAGAGGGGGUACAAGAGGGGGAGUUUGACUGGCCUGAGGUAGAGGGGAGUAAUCUGGAGGGGGAGGGGGCCGAGAUACGGGUGACGAAGGGGUGGGGCGGGUCGCAGGAGCAGCUGGCGGCCAGCUUCAACGCCUCACAGCCGUUUUCGUUCGCUUUAGGAGGGGCUGGGGCUUCCCAUGGAGGGCUCGGAGCCGAUCAGUCUCCGGCGUCCGGCGCGCCCCGAGAACCGUACUCGACGUCCUCGGUCCCCGACCUCGUCGGCGGCAGCGGUGGGGCUCGUUCAGGCCUAUCACCGGCCGCGGUUAACGCCCUCGGGUUUUCCGAGGGCUCGAACUCGUCGUCUCGGUUGCUGCGAGGCCUGGGCGGAGCCGGCGGCGGUGCCAUCGAGCUGCUGGCCCUGAACGACCUGACGAUCGGGGUCAUGGGCUCUGUCGCCGUGGACGGCGGCGACGGCGCCGCCGACUGGGAUAGCGGCGGCGGAGGCGGCAGUGGCGGUUCGGUCGUCAUUGCCGCCGGAGGGGCCGUCCGACACGCCGGGGCGAUCAGUGCCCGUGGCGGGAACGGCGGCCGCACGCUUCGGCCCCUCUCGAAGAACGCCGGCGGGGGGGGCGCCGGGGGGCGCGUGGUGUUGUACGGACAGAGCGUGGACGUUGUUGGUGGGGAGGGUGCCAACGGCGAGGAGAGAGGGACCGCAGAUGUCGGGGGUGGCAGCUGUUUUGUGACGACUAAAUCCGGGGACCUUCGAGAUGACGCAUGCGGGGGCGGCCGAGCAGGGGGAGAGGGCUCCUUCAAAGUUGACGCGGCCUUCGGCUAUACGUUUGGUAUCGACGACGGUUCGGGGCUCGGUGGAGCGGGGGCACAGGGCACAAACUCUUCUUUGUUGCUGUCGAGACACGACGGGACGGUGGAUUCCUCUUCCGGCCAGCCGUUUCAGGCGUUUCGGGCCUAUGACGGGCCCGAGUACGGCCUUCUUCGAGGUAACGACAGCGACAACGGCGACGAGACAACGGCGCUCACGCCUGAACGAGUCACUUUUUACAUGAAGGUUGCUGCAGCGCAAGGAACCUCUCUUGAGAGUUCUUCGGGGGAUCUUCACAGCAACAGUUCCGACUCGAACCACGCCUCCGCCGCCGAAUGGGGCGCGGUGUUCGCCCUUCUUGGACCGGGGACGAACGAUUCCUCCUCGACUUCGGCUUCUUCUCGCUCUUCCUACAAUGCUUCCGACUGGGCGGAAGCACCUGUUCUCUACGACUCCUCUGAACUCUCUUCGGCAUCUUCGUCUUCAAAUACCUCGCCCACGGCAGGAUCAUUUCCCGCGCCGAACACUACCCUCGUGGGCGUCUCCAUUUCCGGGGGCGUGAUGAGACACGGGGCUGGAUACCGUUCUGUCCCCUGGGAUCCUGGGGAGGAAGAGUCUGCUGCGGGGGGUGGGGGGGGAGUGCUCGACGACAGAGUGGAAGGCGAACGCUGGUACAAGGUAGAUAUUAUGAUGCGAUGGGACGCCAACGGCACCGCGGGAGAGUACGAUGUGCUAGUGGACGGGGUAGCCAGAGCGGAAGACCAGCCUUUCGGAACAGCGCUGUCAACCGUUCGCGGAGUGGAGAGGGUCGGUCUGUACGUGCUCGGCGAAGGGAGGGUUUGGUUCGAUGAGAUUUACCUGGGUCCCGACUUUACCAUGGGUUUCAGGUGUCCCGAAUCGUCGCGGAGAGGGGUGGAAACCAGGAACGUCGGGAGCCUCAAGAGGUGGGAAAACCUCGUAGACCCGGGACAGAGCGAGAACAAGGUCAUGCAACGGCACGAGAACUUUCUGUCCAAUACAGAAAAGUACCUUAUCAACCACGGGGGACUGGUGCCGUUCGAUGGGGAUGGGAUGCGAGAGUACCUUGUCGACGACUACGUCCGGGACAGCAAUGACCCCCCGCUCGUGGAGGGCUUGCGGGCAGGAUCGCUUCUGGAGAUGCCGCGUGGCGAGGACUUUGUCGGGAAGAGACCCUUGCGCGAGGGAUCUGCGAGGAGCUUGGACGACGACGGUCUCUGGAGUUCUGAUGCAUCAUCCGCCGGCCGUGGGAGUGGCCCACACCAACCCGGUGGUACACACUACUGGUACGGCGAGCAUGAGAUCGAGGAGACAUUCUCCAGCGCUAACGUUGAGGGAUACUGGAGGAGCAGCGAGGAGUUUGGCAGCUGGACGGGAGGUGUGGGCGCGUGCUCUACCGACGACUUCGUCGACUGGAGGUUUGAGGGCGUGAUGCUGCACUACGCCAACGUGUCGGACAUGGUGCUGGGCCGGGAGCCCGAAGGGGGGAUGGUCCUUCAGCAGCCCAAAACUCUGCGCCUGGAAACCACAGUGGCCAGCAACAGCACGACCGGAAAUAGUAGCAGCAGCAGCAACUCGACGGGCCUGUCCGAGAGCGAGGGUACGUUCGUGAUGUGGAUGGGUGCGGGGGAGUCGAAUGGAACCUUCGGCCUGUCCGCCGUGGCCACCAGUGGCUACCCCGACGGGCCGUUCACCCUGCGCCGGACGCUGUACCCGGACGGAAACGAGACGCACGACCAGACCGUUUUCAUCGGUGGUUUGCGAUACUCCCACCAUGCUAUGCUUGCCGGAUGCUUUACGCUGCCGAGCACGGUCAGAUCUCCUUUUCAGAAAAAGGGUUCAAAGCACCACACCAGGCUAAGCUACGUCCCUCCUCCAAAAGCAGGCGCGGACGGCAGGGGUUACCUUGCGCGCACCUACUACGCAGAGAUCGAGUACGUGUUGCCCGGCGCUGUCAUGCAGCCUGUAUGGAGCUCGGUGGAGCACCCCGACGGGUCGGUCGAUUUCGGGCUGAGCUACCAUCGGGCAUUCUACUCGCCAGACUACGACGACUACCAUGACAUUUACAUUCAGAGGUACGGCGAGCAGUCCGGUUCAAGGUGGCGCAUGGAGGAUUUGCCUUGGAAGGUGACUUGCGUGAACCGCAUCACGGGAGAAAGUCGCGACGUUCCAUACGGAAGCUUCAACGAAGACCGGGGUUACUGCAAUCAACCCGAGGAGUAUAAGGUCAUUCUCGGGCAAGGUUAUCCCGUAGUAAGCUCCCGCUUCCAGGACCCGGACGACCGCAACAAUUCCUACUGGUCGCCGAACUCGGUCCCCUCGGUCAAGGCACAGUCUUGGGCGGCCAACUAUCGGGAUGGUCUCUGCGGGAUCCGGGAGAUGGGAGGGGAAAUGGACGAGGAUGACCCCGGGCUGGACGACCGCGAUUGCUCAAACAUCGCCGACAACCCAAUCCACGAUACUGUACCGGACAAGCUGGUGGGGACGAGAUUAGUGGUCGAAACGCGACUGGCCAAGUACGUGGCCGUCUCUAUGCUGACCCGCGACCUCUUGGACACCAGUGCGGUCUUGACCUCCUUUGAGGGCGAGUUGGAAAGCCAGGACGACCUGAUGACCCUCAUUUCCGGGAGCGGGUACGACUUCUUCGACUGGUCCUCCGGAGCAGACAUCAGAUCAACGUUCCACCCGCAGGUGUUCGGCGACUACGAGACAGCACCGGAUGUGCUCAGGCGGUUCCACCAGUACGAGUCUUCAGAAAACGAUCGCGCGCGCUAUUCGCUGGCGUGCCAGCUGGAUGGCACGUGCCCGGUCAACUUCAGAGACGAGAUCACCGUUGGACAUACCUGA